AUGAAUUGAAUGUGAAAUAACAAGUACCAAUACCGAGCCGACGGUUACUUUUACCGAAUUCACAGAAGCAUUUAAAAAUCAAGGAAUGAAAGUUUUUAUGCUGCACAAAACUAGAGGUGUCAAGUCUAUGGUGUUUUCGUUUCCAAACAAUUGCCAUCUAAAAAGUGACUAAAUCUGACACUGUUUUGAAGAAGGACAUGGCUUUCCGUAAAAUACUGAGACCAAUUUCCAAAGUUGUUGCACAAAGAUGCUUCGUGCAGACUGUUCGAUUGCAGACUGUUCGACGAGCACAUCAGCAAAUCUUACAGCAAACUGAUAACGCGCUAUCCUCUCCCGUAUGCUCAUAUAAUGAAUGGGACCCUCUCGAGGAAGUCAUCGUUGGGCGUGCAGAAAAUUCUUGCGUUCCUAAGAUGACGGUUGAAGUUAAAGCCAACACGUCUGAAAGUCACUGGGAAUUUUAUGAAAAAAACGGAGGAAAACUUUUCCCAGAUGCUCACGUUAUGAAGGCUGUCGAUGAAAUCGAAGAAUUUUGCAACAUUCUUGAGCACGAGGGCGUUGUGGUAAAGAGGCCUGAUGUUAUUGACCAUACGAAAAGCUACGAAACACCAGACUUCAAAUCCCAAGGCAUGUAUGCUGCUAUGCCGAGAGACAUACUUUUAGUCAUUGGUGAAGAAAUUAUUGAAGCUCCAAUGGCCUGGAGAUCAAGAUUCUUCGAGUACCGAGCCUAUCGUAGACUUGUAAAGGAGUAUUUCAAUGCAGGUGCAAAAUGGACCACGGCACCUAAGCCAACAAUGGCAGAUGAACUUUAUGAUCUGGGAUAUCCUAUGAAAUCUGUUCAGGAGCGGCACAAACUUGCAGCGAUGGGGCGCUUUGUGACAACAGAACACGAGCCUUGUUUUGAUGCAGCAGACUUCAUGAGAGCUGGAAGGGAUAUUUUUGCUCAAAGAAGCCAGGUAACAAACUACGCAGGUAUCAAGUGGCUUCAGAGGCAUCUUGGAGAUGAAUACAAAAUUCAUAUAGUUUCCUUCAAGGAUCCAAAUCCUAUGCAUAUUGAUGCAACGUUCAACAUAAUAGGACCCGGACUUGUAUUAUCGAAUCCAGACCGACCCUGUGAUCAGAUCGAUUUGUUCAAGCGGUCCGGAUGGAAGGUUGUUCAACCGCCUCUGCCGGUAAUACCGGACACACACCCGUUGUGGAUGAGUUCUAAAUGGCUUAGUAUGAAUGUCCUGAUGCUUGACGAGAAGCGAGUUAUUGUGGAUUCAAAUGAAAUGCCUAUAAUCAAGAUGUUUGAGUCACUUGGGAUCAAAUGCAUACCCGUCAACAUACGGCACGCCAACUCUCUCGGGGGCGGGUUUCAUUGCUGGACUUGUGACAUACGUCGAAAAGGAACUUUGGAAUCUUAUUUCUGAUCAAUCUUUAAAGGAAGUAAACUGAAAAAGUUUGAACAGCACUUCUAAUUAUUCCACUUAACAACUGUUAACAAUUCAAUUUUAUGUUUAACUGAAGACAGAGGGUAACUGCCAACUCCUUUUUUCUUGAACAAAAGCCUUGGGGUCAGAAACGAUUGCUGGACAUUCAGAAAAAAUGAAGAAACUUUCAUUAUCGAAGAAACAAAUAAAUCGAAAAAAAUUGUAACUUGCAUUGUUGCAAAAAUUCCGAAAUGAUGAACACAAUCAACCUUAUAAUAAUAAUAUAUAGUAAUCGAUUUAUUUACAGUAGGCGGGUAUAGUAUAGCUAUCUUUGUACAAUUUAUUUACAAGCUAAUUUAGGCCUACCUUUAAUCUUAUUUUAGGCCUACCUUUCAUCAUAAACCUUCCUUUCAUCUUCCUAUUUGCAGUUUCAAAGACUGACUUGUUCUACAAUUUUCAAUGAAAUCCUUUAAGUAAAUUGCAAUUACAGCUUUUGCGGCCAUAGCCUAAUCAGAUAACUGAUAUUAACAAAGAUUUUUGGGAAUCAAUCCGAAAAAAGCUUGUUAAGAGAUUUCUCCCGUUAGACUGCGAUUGAAGCUGCAUGGGAGCAGUAGCCGCCCAUUUGU